CGAUAUUCUGCGAGAUCCACUUUCUUCUCGUCCAGCAUGGCUGCGUUGUGUGAGGGGUACACGUUGUGCGGACUUGUUCCAGCUCAAAAUCGGUUAUGUUCGGGUCUUCGGGGGAUCGAAGAGGAGAGAGACAGCGACCAUGUCAUCGUGACGGAAUCAACUAGAUGCGCGACGCUCUACAAGGUGUCAGACCAGAAGCCUCUGAGCAGCUGGACAGUGAAACAAGGACAGUCUCUGACCAGUUCAGCUGUUUUUAACACUAAAACCAGCGAGUAUGUAGCGGUGUCGGACAACAAGGUGAUACGAAUAUGGAAGGAAGAAGACAUACUGUUAGACAAGGCUUUCAAAGCAACGGUGUCGGCGGAUGUCUGGAUGGUGCACUGUCCACGAGGAGGAGAGCCUGUGGUUUUGUUUCAAAGAGGAGAUGUAAGGCUUUUGGACUCGCUGCUGGCUGCUCCCCACCAGCCCGUACAGGAGGUCCUGGCUCAGGAAGAGUCCAUCAGGUGGAGCACCAGCAUUGUGACAGAAAUGCAACAAAUGGUCAUUUUCACAACUGAACUGAAAGGAGAUCAUUUCCUUUGCCUGCAGAGACUGAACCCAAAUUCUUUACAGAGGUACCACCUGGAGAGGGAGGAGCCGGGCCUCUCACCCCUCAGCUUCUCAACCUCCUACAGGGAUAAACACAUCUGCCUGCUGUACCUCUACCCUAACGGUCACGUGUAUGAGAGUUUGAUCUCUGUUCGGGGUUCAGGAGCCGGCGAAGGCUCCGAAGCGCUCUCGCUGCCGCGUAGUCUGAUCCUGAGUCUUCCUGUGGGCGAUGACCUGCUGGAAGCAGCUGCAGCCGUCGUCCUGGACGAUGCUCACGUAGCUGUGGUGGGGGUUCCACACCCUUGUGCCGGACCCGGUAAAGACUUUCUCUGCAUCUGGAACACAAACUUUCAGACGCUUCAAGCUGGUAAAGAAAUGGCGGGUAAACUCUACGGGCAGCUGUGGAGUUAUUCAAACAAGUUGUUUAUUCCACAUGGGAAAACCCUGUCCGUUAUACCGUUUGCGUGUCCCAAAUCGUGUCUCGCCUCUGCUUUGGGGAAACUAAAGCAGGCCAGGGCUGAAGAUUCCAGACCUCCGGCUUUGGUGCCCUCUUGGAACAACAUUCUGCACGGAGAAAAGCAUCAACCUCCUAAAACAGCGGAGAUCAGGAAGACUAGAACCACUCGUAGGACCCAGUCGUCACCUUGUUUAACAACUGACCAAGUACUAGAACUGAUCAAGACAGCAUCAGCAGAAGAGGUCAAAAAAGAAGUGGAAGGCCUCCUGACCAGGCAGGACGUCCAGGACCUGCAGCUGUCUUUGGGGCAGCUAGCAGUAACCCUCGUGUCCCGAAGCCUGGCUGAGCCGGCUUUUUAUACUCCCAGCACCCUGCAGCAACUGGUACACACCCAGUGCCUCUGUCACAGCAUCUGCCCUGAUCUGGUGGCUCUGGCUCUUGAGAAGAAGGAUUACUUUCUGUGUCAGCUCUGCUUACAGUUCUUCCCCGACAUCCCAGAGGUGAUCACAUGCGCCUGCCUCAAGGCUUUUAUCAGUUUGCCAGACGCAGAUGCUGAGAGGUUGAGUCUAGAGCCUGACGGGGUGUCUUUUAUGCAAAUACUAAUCUCAAGAGAGCACGAUCAGGUUGGCCUGCAGAACGGAUUUACUUCUACUUCCUGUGAGGAUGAGGACGCCGGAAGUGGUCAGCAGAGAAGAAGAAAAGACGAGGAGAAUGCCAGAAAUCCACCAGAACCAGUUUGUCCAGUGGGGGUCCACAAAGCAGCUCUAAUAAAUGAGGUCCUGCAGGCGGCAUACAGCGACACGUUCCUUCUCCCACACCUUAAGGAUCUUUCCUCUCAACACGUCAUCCUUUUCCUCCAGUACCUGCAGUUUCUUUACCAACAAUAUUCUCUUGAAGCUUUCCCACAGAAGCACAGCUUCAGGUCACCAAGUCAGAAUCAGAUCAUGGAUUGGGUUUGCAUGCUGUUGGAUGCCCAUUUCACAGUUCUAGUGAUGACUCCAGAGGCUAAAGGCUUAUUGCAGAACCUUCACAGAUUUGUUGAUUGUCAGGUGAAGCUGUUUCUUCAGCUUGGAAAGAUCGAAAGUAGCCUCCAGCAGAUAAAUGAGAUGAAGGUGAAGGAAGACGUCGGGGCGUACUCCAUCGAGGUCAUCGAGCUGUUUUAGACAAGUGAAUAGGAGUAUUUUAAUCAAUUUCCACUCUUUCUGACUCACUGGGUUACAAACUGUAAGUGGUCCAGGAAUCCAGGUCUUUUACCGUUUAUGGUAAAGGAUGGAAUACCGUUGGCGCUGCGACAGCUGCACAUGUCUGUGAAUCCUUUUGUAAAUGCGUUUCAGCUCCUUGAAUGUGUUUUGCAUGUUAAUUCGGUGUCUGCUUACGUCAGAAUGGCUAUUUAGUGAAAUACGGACUAAUGCCACCCACAGGCACCAAUAAAAUAAAGUUUUUUAAACUAUUAUAAUUGUGACAUAACAUCAACCACAAAAGUCAGUGUUUUUGUUAGAAUACAUCUACGUGUAAAUCUGUUUUUUUUUUUUUUACAUAGAACUAAGCCUGUUGAAUAUGCAGUUUGUGUGACAUUAUUUCUAUGAAAAGAUGCUGCACAACGCCAUGUUAGUGAAAUGGUCAUUAAUCACUUGUAAUUCAAAUCAGUACAUUGUUUUUAUGCCUUUAUACAAAAUGUUCUUUAGAUAGUCCACAACUCCAGACAUUUAAGGCAACGAAUUCUGGAUAAAAAGUAUUAGAAACUCAUUUGAAUAGAGAAAAAACACCAUGGUCCAGAGGUUUUCACAUUUUUAGGCAUCUAAUCCUAGCCUGACAAGCCAGACUAUAUAUGUGAAUAUAUAGUCUGGCCACGACCAUAGACGCCACGACCCAUUGAGGGCUUUCAGUCGUGGGGCGGGCUCUACGGUUGUCUUUCAAACUUUCUGCAUGCAAUUGGAUAGCACUAGGACCAAUCAGAAUAACGAACAACGUGACGUAAUCACAGCGACGGAAAAGCUCAGGGAGGCAGCAAUGGCAUCUAACAUCAAUGAUUUCUGUCGUUUUUGUAUGAAAAACAUGCGAAUAUCAGGUGUACUGGGACAUUGCACUACCUUGUUUGAUAAAAAUAAGAAGCCGCCAAGUAUACCCGACAGACUUUUGCUCGUUGGAUUGGAGAUUAAAAAACGAUCAGGGAAGUCUAACCGUGUCUGUAGGGGUUGUGUCUCUACGUUAUCAGGAGUGGAAAAAUAUCUUUCACUGUAUUGGAGAUGGGUGGAAAACGAGAAGGACGAUGAAUCCUGUGCAAGAGAAAGCGCGACAAACUCCGAAAAAAGAAACCGAGAACCGUCUCCUCCUAAAACUCCAAGGGCACUGAAAAGGUUUUGCCACAAAGCUACAAGUCCAGGAAUAAAUAAUGUGAGAAGGAGUAUUAAUGCGGCCAUCACCAAGCAGAAUGUAUGUGACACCGAGGAGUCUACGAUAGUGGAACAUAUCACUAACAGGAAAUGGGCAGCAGCGGCUAAGUUCAUCAUGAACCAUAAAGACUUAACUCAAGAAGUAAAAAAAAACAUACUUUCACUGCUUGAGAAUGAGUGCAAGACAAUUUGCAACCCCAACAACAAUUUCAUUUUGUGGAGGUCAUCGCCAGAAGAUCUGAAGUCCUUCUCAUUUGACAAGCUUGAAUCAGACCUACAGCGUCUGUCACCACUUCUGUUCUCUAUCUUUGCUACCAUCUGCAACAACUCCAGUCCUGUCAUCUGUGCUGCUUCUGCUACUUUGCAACGCAAGAAUUUGGUCUAGUUCACUAGGCUAAUCUAAUCCAUGAAAUUACAAUUGCAAAAGAGUUGUGACCCCUUAUUGUUGGCUAGGCUGAGCAAGUACUGCUAAAAAGUAAAUUAAAGAUAAAAACAAAUAGUUUCUACCAGUUAUUGCAAUUGUGGAAUUUUAUUUUUUGUAAUUGCAAAUAUAUUCUAUUGGGAAUCAAGUUCAAGCUUAAUGUUUUCAUUUAAAAGGCAUUUGAACAAAAGGAUAGGUUUAACAUUUUAAGAAUGUAGAUGAUAGCAACAAAACUUGAGUAAAAAAAAAUCUUGUCCUGUACUGGCCUCAUGAAUUAGACCAAGAUCUUACCUUGUAAAAUUUAUAUAUAUGCAUGUAACUUCUUAAUGCAAUUAUCUAAUCAACCAACCACAUGGCAGUUGCUUUAAUGUAUUUAAGGGUGUGGUACUGGUCAAGACAAUCUCCUGAACUCCAAACUGAAUGUCAGAAUGAGAAAGAAAGGUGAUUUAAGCAAUGUUGAGAGUGGCAUGGUUGUUGGUGCCAGAUGAGUAUUUCACAAUCAGCUCGGUUACUGGGACUUUCACGCACAGCCAUUUCUAGGGUUUACAAAGAAUGGUGUGAAAAGUGAAAAACAUGCAGUAUGCGGUAGUUUUGUGGGUGAAAAUGCCUUGUUGAUGCUAGAGGUCAGAGGAGAAUGGGCCGACUGAUUCCAGCUGAUAGCAAUUUUGACUGAAAUAGCCACUUGUUACAGCUGAGGAAUGCAGCAAAGCAUUUGUGAAGCCACAACACACACAACCUUGAGAUGAAUGGGCUACAACAGCAGAAGACCCCACCGGGUACCACUCAUCUCCACUACAAAUAGGAAAGAGGGGCUACAGUUUGCAAGAGCCCACCAAAAUUGGACAGUUGAAGACUGGAAAAAUGUUGCCUGGUCUGAUGAGUCUCGAUUUCUGUUGAGACAUUCAAAUGGUAUUGUCAGAAUUUGCCGUAAAUGAGAACAUGGAUCCAUCAUGCCUUGUUACCACUGUGCAGGCUGGUGGUGGUGGUGUAAUGGUAUGGGGAAUGUUUUCUUGGCACACUUUAGGCCCCUUAGUGCCAAUUGGGCAUUGUUUAAAUGCCACAGGCUACCUGAGCGUUGUUUCUGACCAUGUCCAUCCCUUCAUGACCUCCAUGUACCCAUCCUCUGAAGUCUACUUCCAGCAGGAUAAUGCACCAUGUCAAAAAGCUUCAAUCAUUUCAAAUGGGUUUCUUGAACAUGACAAUGAGUUCACUGUACUACAAUGGCCCCCCACAGUCACCAGAUCUCAACCCGAUAGAGCAUCUUUGGGAUAUGGUGGAACAGGAGCUUCGUGCCCUGGAUGUGCAUCCCACUAAUCUCCAUCAAUUGCAAAAUGCUAUCCUAUCAAUGUGGGCCAAAAUUUCUAAAGAAUGCUUUCAGCACCUUGCUGAAUCAAUGCCACGUAGAAUUAUUCAACAGGACAGAAGUUAGAAUUGUUUAUAUAUUUUAGCUUUCUUGUAAUUAUAUAUUAAUAUUUCACUGUAUUAACAAUCUAAUAUUAUCUGGGACACCCCUAAAGUGGUCUGUACCAUGUGUUAGCUACCAAUUGUCACGUGACCAUGUUGACGUUGAUUAUUAAUAUCGUAGUUAUUUAAUCCUCUGGAGGUCUUUCGACCGUGUUUCAGUCGUGUUUCUCAUUUAUAGGUCGAUGGUUUCAGCCACAAGCAGUUCAACUCAAAAUAAGUACCAGAUAGUUUUCACUUUUCCUUUUAAAUGUUUUUACCAUUAAAAACAUGUUAAAGAGUAACUAAACUCCAAAAUAACCUUUUUUGCUUAUAAACUGUAUAACUGGAUCUUUACAAAUCAGUCUGUCUUUUUCUGUGCAUUUUUUGACAUGUUUGCGUAAACUUGAUUCAGUCUAGAAUCUAGGUCUUAAAAUGUCUUAGUGCUGCCCCCUGUGGGUUGAACUGUGACUACUGCAUUUUAAAUUUGUGAUUGACCAGGGCUGGUACAAUUCAUGUCAUCAGUACAGUCUCCUCCCACUCCCCCUCCCUCCCGGGAUGGAAAUUCCCAACACUUGGCCAUGCCACUCCAUCCCUCCUGGCAACGCCCACUUUCAUAGCAUUUUUCAAAUCUUGACUAAGGGUGGAGUUACGUUUUCUGAUGGUGUGCAGUCCCUCUUUAAGUAUCUGUGGGUUGAUGCUAACAUUGUCAAGCUAAAAUUUUGGGUUUUCUUUUCAAUAUAUCGUGUUAAGGGUGUGUAGUUGACGUUUCUUUACUAUAUUGCAUCUUGCUCACCCAAAAUAAGUAAAUAAAAGUUAUUUUCAAAAUA